GUGGGUCCUGAACAUGUAACCCUGGAUUUGGGGUUGGAAGGAGUCGCUUGCUAAAUUCAACAACAACAAACGUGGCUUACAACCAUAGUUUUAUGUCUCACGCACUCUCUAGUCACGUUUGAGCUCCCCCACUAACUUUCUUUAUCUUUCUCUCUCUAGAGAGGAAGAAAUCAACAAUACUGACUUGAAACACUCGCAACUUUCUUUUGGGUUAGUGAGGAAACUUUGUGCUUAGCAGUGGAAUCUGGUAUUUUAGUAGCACUAGUAAUUAGUUUUGUUUUCUAGUGCCCUCUCUUGUGUUUCUACUUUCUGGUUUUACUCUUAUCUUCAAGAUAAGCUCAAAAUUGGAGGGCAAUUAAGUGAUUGCAUUCUUGGGAAUCAGAGUGUGAUUGGAGUGGAUUUCGGUUCUUGGAUCCAUUUCUUCUGCUAAGAAAAAGAUUCCUUUGAGAUGUGACUUGGACACUAAGAGACUUGUCUAAUAUGGUUGCUUUUACCUUCAUAUUUUUUAGUUAGAGAUAGAAGAUGGAAAGCAUAGUUGUCCGCCAUUAGUAUGCUUUAUCAGAUAAGAGGUAUAAUAUGGAAGACACAUUUGCUGAUGAUGCACAGAAAGGAGGCCGUGCUAGAGAGGAUUCAUCAUCACAUAGCUUCAACAAAGAUGGAGGAUUAUCUGGUGACAAUAGCUUGGAUGGUUCAGAAUCAAAGUCGAAAAGGUUGGUGAGAAGGCUAAAUUCACAGCAUACUCUGAUUUUAAAAGUUAAGCAAUUUCAAUACAGCAGAAGUUACAUUAAGGAAUCUUUCCUUCGAAGCAUUCGUGUCUUGGACAGUUGGAUUCCAAAGCAUAUGUUAACUGUAGAUGAGAAAUAUCUUCGACGUUGUCUUGAAUACAUUCAUCUUAGUGCUUCAAAAUCAGCCCCUCAAAAUAUCUCUCUACACUUGAGAUGGGGAGAACUGAGUGUCUUGUCUAAUGGCUUCAGUGCAGCUAAAAUAGAGAAUGAAGAUACAUAUGAUUUUGCAAGGUUACGUUUUGACUGUCCUUUGGCAUCUGGAAAUGGGGGUGUUGUCAUUAGCCCUGCAGGACACUGGAUUGUUGGUUCCAUAAUGGGUAGCAAGAGUAUGGUAAAUAUACUCAACAGCCCAUUGUUUCGUAAAUAUGGUGCAUGUGAUGGUGAUUCAAACUUUGAGAAAGCAAGCUUUAAUGAUGUUGAUGGGUCUAUAUGUUAUGAAUUCAUGAACUCUCCUGGUGUUUUAAGUAACUAUUCACCAAACAACCUACAUAAAGAAGCACCAAUUCCAGGCAACAAUAAAUAUAAAUCUGAGACGCUGGAUGAAAGGUUUGUUUCUAUGUCAAGUACGAACUCAACAUGUUCUGAUCAGUCUUCAUCUUCUCUCUCAGCCACUAUUACUCAAGGAAUGCUCCAAUGCACCUGGAAGGGAGGGAACCCACAUUUUGUUUUCUCUCUAGAUGAUCAAAAGGUGGUUUAUGUGGCCAACUUGUGGAAGGUUGAAUCAACAGAUGAUAGGGCUGUGGACUAUACGUACCUAUUCCAUUUAAGGAUGGGUGGAGAAAAGGAACAUGAGAUUCAUGAUAGUGAAAGUUACCUUGUAGGUAAGAUGAAGGUAUCAACUUCUUUUAGGCUCGGCCCGAACAAUUCUAGAAUCAUGGAGAGAGAGUUUGUUUUAUUUGGUGGUAAUGAAAAUUUCGUGCGAAUGCAAACUUCAAACCAUAACCUCAGGAAGAAUAAGGGGUUGUCAAAGAAGGUGGCAGAAGUCUUCCGGACCAGUCACUCAAUGAAGAAGAGAACUGCCUCCAGAUUUAGUGGUUCAAGUGCCAUACUGGAGAGUUGCCCUUGGGAGCCAUUCCAGGAAACAGAUAAUAAUAUUGAUGCACUUUGUGGGACCAAUCUUUUGGAAAAUGAUCUUCCUCCAAAUCUUGAAUUGGUUGCCAUUGUUGUUAAGGACCGUCUUCCUGAAAACCGUAAGGAGAAGAUUGGAGGAUGGGGCUUGAACUUUCUCAAGAAAUCUAAUGCAAAACAAACAGCUGAUUCUAUGGAAUCCUCACAACCUCCUCCUGGCUGUGGUGUGCGAGAUUCCAGUGACUGUUCAACAAGUAUGGAUAUUCUUAUUCCAGCUGGUCUUCAUGGCGGUCCAAGAACAAGAAACAGUGGCCCUUCUAGUCUUACUGAAAGAUGGAGAUCAGGUGGACGUUGUGACUGUGGUGGCUGGGACCUAGGGUGCCCAUUGACGGUACUUAAAAGCAGAUCAAGUAACAAAGAGAUCUCACCCCAAGGAGGCAUGCAAGGAGAGUGCAAGUUAAUUGAUUUAAUCAUUCAGGGUUCAGAGAACAGUGCUCCGCCCUUGAGGAUGGUGAAUGUCUACAGUGGCUUGUAUUUUGUUAAUUUUCAGUCAACACUGUCAGCUUUGCAGUCUUUCUCAAUUGCAGUGGCAUUUAUUCAUGCCCAGAGUCCAGCUCUGCGACCCCAAAAUGUACAGGAGUAAAGUAGCAAGAUUCAGGAUGAGGUUUAUUUAGUUAUGUAACUCUCUUACUGUAGCACAACACUUCAUAAGUUCAUUAAGUAUUUACACACAAAUAUAGAUAAUAAUUUUUUUCCCCAGAUAGUUUGUUUAUUUAGUGUCUGAUUGUCUUCUUAUCAUAGGUUUUUUGGGUCAUUAUCUACUGAUUGGAUUGUUGAUUUUCAGACAACAGAACUCAUGUAACCCACUCUGUUCUGAUUGAGUGUACAUUUUUUUUAAUUGAAAAAUGUACAAUUUUUUUUGAUACAGUUAUUCAAACUGAAUGUCUUCAUGCCCAUUAAGGUAGGACUAGAAUUACUGCUCUAAUGUUUUAUAGAUUGGUGGGAUGGGGAAUUCAGAGCAUAAGAAGAUUUGAUUUGUACUUUAUGACAGAUAUCUUCAAUUUUUAAGUUGACAUGGAUAACGGUUUUCCUCCUUUCUAAUUCAUGUUUAUGCGUGCUAAAGUAUUUCAGUCUACUGAACUUACUUUUGUUUUUUGGGAAAUUCUUCUUAUUACAAGAAAUGGAAGAGGCAUUACCGUCUAAUUUCCAUGUUUUGGGAGAACCAUAACAGGUUUUGACUUCUGCUUAUAAUAUAUGCUGUAUCAUAUUGUGUUAUCUUCAACUAUGUUUUGAUUUGCAUGUAGCUUUUGGUGCUGUUUGGUUGACUUGGUCAAUUCUGCUCCAAAACAAGUUUCAAGUCGUCGUGGUAAGCUUAAACAUCUUCCUUUUUAUUUACAAUUGGGUCUUAUAAAUACUUGAACAUUCCAAAUUUCCUAGAAAUGCAAAGGAAAUAAGAAGCAUGCUUGGUCUUGUUUGCUGAAAAUAUAUGAUGUACACUGUUUCCCUUGGAGCUUUUGUGAGGAUGAAUUGAAAAAGGUGGUGCUGGUGAAGUGUGAUUUGGAUUCCAUGUAUACUUUUCAUUUGUUUUGAAUAUUUACAUCGUUAAAUAUAUACAGUGUAGCCGGUACAUUUCUGUAUUUAUUGUUGUUUCUUUUAUCCGUUGUCCAUGUAAGAAUUGUGUAGUUCUCUUUUUUUCUGUGACCAUUAUAUAACGAAUUAAACAGUAUAAUUAAAUCCCUGUUCUGAAAAAAUCUAGGUAAAGUUGUUUGAAUUUCCAUUUGAAUUCACUUCGUUGGAAGGCAAUGUUGAGGUGUUUUUAUCAGUUGGAGUAACUUUCUUGACUUUGAUGCCUUCCAUUAAGUGGCUUCUAUGAGAGUGGUUAGCACCUACAACCAGGAAAAAGGCAGCAGCAGAAGUUCAUAGUUGAUUUAGGAAUCAGGUUACCUGCUAAUUCGUGUAGUUAUACCUAAACAUGAUCAUGGACGUGCUAUGAGAUACGUUUCUGGUUGUCAAAACGCACAGUUGCGGUUCUUCCUAUGCUGUCACCAUCCGUUCCUAAUGUGAAAAUUUGAAGAUUUGAUGUUAGGCUUUGUAUUUUUAGAAUAUAAUCUCCUUUACUUUCUGGAGAACAUUCGAGUUUGUUGGUGCCAGGAAAGAUUGUUAGUGACUUGUGGAACAGUCCGAGGUACUUUCUUGAUAAGCUGAGAGUUGAAGGAAAAUUGUCAUCAGGAUGAGGCUUAUCUAUAUGCAAGACCCCAUGCCAUCACAGUUCAGAGGGUAAACCAUCCUGUAUCUGUAUGGUGAUCUUGUCAUGAUGUGUUAACUGUGCAAUCAUCGAGCUAUCUACAUGUAUAUAAAAUAAAAAUCUUAUACUGUUGCUUUC